ACAUUUCUCCAAAUGCAAGCAAUUCAAAUUUUUCAGUGAUUCGUAUUGUAACCUCUUUCUGUUUGAAUCAUGGCGGCGGUAAACGUUAAUUCCUUGGUUUCUUCCUUAGUGUUUAAUUUUUUAUCCGUUAAAGAUAAAAACUUGGCCGAACAGUUUCAGAAGAAGCACAAAACCGAGAAGCUAAUCAAAAAUGCUCCUUCCAUCACUGAUAUCGUGAAUACCUAUUUAAAAAAUGGCCCUCUAGCAAAGAAUUUGAAACUAGAAUCAGAAGAUAGCGAAGAUAGCAGUAGUGAAGAAGAAACUCCCAAAACCUCGCUUCAAAAUGGAAUUAAAGCAACAAAUAAAAAACCUGAGAGUAGCAGUGAAGAUAGUUCUUCUGAAGAGGAAGCUCCAAAACCUACUGCUAAGGCUCAAUCUAUAAAGAAUGAAGUGAAAAAAGCUCCAGCUAAAGUAGUUGUUAAAAAAGAAGAAUCAAGUUCAGAAGAAUCUAGUGAGGAAGAUGAACCUGUUAAGAAAAUAGUAGGUGCUCCUAAAACCACCUCAACUCCUAAGGUACAGCCGAAAAAACAAGAAAGUAGUUCUGAUGAUUCAUCUGACGAAGACGAACCACCUAAAAAAGCUGUAGUUGCCUCCAAACCUGCACCUGUCCAAAAAACACAGCAGAAAAAGGAAGAAAGCAGUUCAGACGAUUCUUCAGAUGAAGAUGAACCAGCAAAAAAACCUGUAGCUGCUGCUAAAAUUGCACCUGCUCCUAAAGCACAGAAAAAAGAAAGUAGUUCAGAAGAAUCUUCAGAUGAAGAUGAACCACCUAAAAAGACUGUUGCUCCUUCCAAACCCGCAGCUGCACCGAAAAAGGAAGAAAGCAGCUCCGACGACUCCUCAGACGAAGAUGAACCUCCUAAAAAGAACGUAGUCGCUCAAAAAGCUGUGUCUGCACCAAAAGCACAAAAGAAAGAAGAGAGCAGUUCAGAGGAAUCUUCAGAUGAAGAUGAAGCACCGAAAAAGCCAGUAGUUGCUCCAAAAGCUGCAACCAAACCACAACAGCAGAAAAAGGAUGAAAGCAGUUCAGAAGAAUCUUCAGAUGAAGAUGAACCUCCAAAGAAAAAUGUAGUAGCUCAGAAAGCUGGACCAUCAAAAGUACAACUGAAGAGAAAAGAGACUAGUUCAGAAGAUUCAUCUGAAGAUGAGCCACCCAAGAAGAAAAUUGCUGUGAAAGCUGCACCAGCCGCUAAAACACAGAAGAAGGAAGAAAGUAGUUCAGACGAUUCUUCUGACGAAGAUGAGCAACCUAAAAAAACCGCAGCUGCUUCUAAACCUGUUGCUGUGAAAACAGUACAACAGAAAAAGAAAGAGAGUAGCUCUGAAGAUUCUUCUGACGAAGAAGAACAACCAAAGAAGGUAGUAAAAGCUGCCCCAAAGAAAAAGGAGGCUUCACCUGAAGAUACCACCGAAGAAGAAACAGAAGUAGCCAAAAAAGUAGCGGCAAAGCAAAAUACCAGUGUUAAGAGGAAAGCCGAAAGUAGUUCUGAAGAUUCUUCAGAUGAAGAUGAAAAACCAGCAAAGAAAGUAGCUAAAACAGUUAAAAAGGAAAGUUCCUCUGAGGAGUCUUCGGACGAUGAGAAACCUUCAACUAACGCCGGUAAAGUUGCUGCCAAUGGAGUGAAGCAAGAAAAGAAUGAGGAGGCCGAGGGAGCUGCAGCCAAUUUUGGUCAGAAUAACAGUUUUGGUCAGAACAACAGUUUUGGAAAGAAAAAGCACAACGCUCCCUUUCGACGUGUUCGAGAAGAGGACGUGGUUGUACCUGAGAAAUUCAGGAACAAUUCCUUCAUGGCGCAGAAACAUGCCGUAGGAUCUUGGGGCGAAAGAGCUUAUCACAAAUUAAAAAAUACCCGUGGCAAAUCAUUCAGACGUGAGAAAAAUAAAUUGAAGAAAGGAGGUUACAGGGGUGGACGUAUCGAUAUCAAUGCGAUUAAUUCGAUUAAAUUUGAUGAUUAACCACCCGAUGGUUGAAAAAAAAUUCCGAUUUGUUUUUUAAUUCAAAUCUAUUACUUUUAAGUUAGUAUCGAAUUAUUUCAUCAAUAAUUAUAAAACAAAAAGCGAGGAUGAAACGAUUAUUAAUGUUCGUCUAUGUUUUGCCAGUGAUUCAUGUUUUGUUUUCAGUUUUUACUAUUCUGAUUUUCUAUAAUUAGUUAAGACAAUUUUCAUAUACAAUUGAAAGCUAAGCUUAUUUUUCUCCAUGUGUUGUAUAUAUAAAAUUAUUUUUAAGUAAUGUACAUAAUUAUAGCACCUGCUUGAAUAUGUUUCUUAUUCUCAAAUAAAUUCGUAUCAUAUUUCCAUAA